UGCACCCAUAUUUUAUUAUCAAUAUUUAUUUAUUUUAUUUUUCCAGGGCAAAAAUGGAGAACGAUACUCACCUAUGUGAUGUAAUGUGAACACAGGGGAUUUUACCCUGUCAUAUUGCUCUUAUCAGAUCACUGACCCCAUUGAUUCAAAAACACGUAACAAAAGCGCCACACAAUAGAAAACAAGAACAAUAGCAACGGACAGUGAUCUAUUCAAAUUUUUCCUUUCAUUUAGACAAUUUUCAUUUUAUUUACAUAACAUCGUUCACAUGAAACCAUUUGUCGCACUACAUUGUAUGCCAUUUCCCAAAACAUCCUCUGUCAUAAAUGUCUGAUUUUAAAUGCAUGGAAGACCUCGGGGAGAACACGUUGUAAGACGUGCAAGACAGAACAAGAAAAGAGGAGAGUGGGGGUCAAAGAAAGGAGUAGCUAGGGGAAUGGACACAACAUUGCGCCCUACAAUUUAUCGCUAUCGACCCGUUGGGCAAUCAUAAUACAGGAGCGAUUUAGGAACAUAGCGACAUAGCUUUGAAGGGGCUAGACUGCUAGCUAGCUGAUGCAUUGAAGCUAACAACAUGGGACGCGUGUGAACGUGUGUUACACGGGGGUUACUUAGUAGCUGUAGUAGCAGCAGCUACCAGCACCCUGCCAGGGAGAAAGAAACAAGGAAGCGCACAGCUAGCAGAGCUAAAUCAAAGCUAACAUUAGCUAACUGUUGGCCAAUAUUAUUUCUAAUGAGCGACCAAGGAGUAUGCGACCUGAAACGAAAAGCUGACUUGUUUGGGGAUGUCGGGCAGUAAGGCGCUGGGCGGGGGGGCUGGCGGGGGCGCAAGGCGCAGGAGGACCCGGUGCCGGCGCUGCCAGGCCUGCAUGCGGACCGAGUGCGGGGAGUGCCACUUCUGUAAAGACAUGAAAAAGUUUGGCGGGCCCGGUCGCAUGAAGCAGUCCUGCCUCCUGAGACAGUGCACAGCGCCGGUGCUGCCCCAUACAGCAGUGUGCUUUGCGUGCGGCGAAGCGGGGAAGGAGGACACGGUGGACUCGGAGGAGGAGAAGUUCAGCCUCUCCCUCAUGGAGUGCACCAUCUGCAACGAGAUCAUCCACCCCAGCUGCCUCAAGAUGGGUAAAGCAGAAGGCAUCAUCAACGACGAGAUCCCCAACUGCUGGGAGUGCCCCAAGUGCCACAAGGAGGGCAAGACCAGCAAGGACCAGGCCGACGGGUCCGGGAAGCGGCGUCUGGACAGCGGCGAGGUCGGUCGAUGGAAGCUGACGGACGACCCGCCCCCCAAGAAGAAGGCGCAGCCCUCCUCCACCCUGGAGGACGGAGGCCGGGCGGACGGGGGCCACAAGCGCAAGAAGGAGAAGGAGCAGCCCCAGGACAGUGGGCCCAAGAAGAAGAUCAAGGGGGCCCACGAAAAACGCCUAAAAAAGAAACCGAAGACGGAGGCAUCCGAGUCCAACGGGCCGGGCUCUUCCGGGGGCGGCGGCGGCGGCGGCGGCGGAGGUGGUGGUGGAGCAGGGCAGGGCUCCUCCUCCUCCUCCUCCUCCUCCUCCCAGGCCGGAGGAGGCGCGGGCGGCGGGGGUCCGUCGAGCGCCGACCAGCGCUCGCACCAUCGGGAGAAGCUGGAGCGCUUCAAGCGGAUGUGCCAGCUGUUGGAGCGCCUCCCCGAGUCCUCCUCCUCCAGCUCCUCCAGCUCCGAGUCCGACUCCGAGUCCGACUCGGACGACUCCUCCCGGGAGCCCGGCGGCGGUGGCGGCGGCGGCGGUGGGGGCUCCUCCCCUUCCUCCUCCUCCCCGGCGCCACCUCCUCCACCCCCCGCCAUCGCCUACGGCAACAGCGGGGGUGGGGGCAGCCGGGGGGAGCGGGAGCGGAGCCGCAGCGAGCGGGAACGGGAGCGGGAGCGAGAGAGGGAGCGGCGGCUGGCGGAGCUGGGCUUCAGCGCCAGCGAGGAGUCCGAGGGGGAGGGAGGAGGCGCCGAGGAGGAGGAAGAGGAGGAGGAGGAGGACAGGAAGCGGGAGGAGGAGCCUCCGGUGAGCGUGGCCGACAAGGCGCGGCGGAGGGGGGGAGGUGGAGGAGGUGGAGGAGGUGGUGGAGGAGGAGGAGGAGAUGGAGGCGUCCCGCCGCAGCGGGGCAGGAAGGGGCCCGUGAUGGUGGAUGGAGACGACGAGGAAGAGACCCUGACCUCAGAAAGGACAAGGAAGAACUCCUCCUCGCUGCCUCCACCCUCGCCGCUCUCCUCCAAUCAGACGCCGCCGUCUUCCGGCUACUCGGAUGGCUUCACGGGGAAGCAGCGCAGCAACGGGCAGGAGGCGCGCAACGGGAGGACCCGGGGGGGCGGAGGGAGGGAGCGGGCAGGGGGCGGCGGAGGGGAGGCCGGGGAGAAGGAGAACGCCAGCGGCGUGUUGUCCAAUCACAGACACGGUGGGGGCGGGAAUAAGGGCAGCGGCAGCCGCGGGAAUAAGAUCCGUAACAAGAACCAGACGUCCACAGGGUCACGCACCAAUGCCAACAAUAACAACAACAGCAUCAGUCUCUCUUCCUCGUCCUCCACCUCUUCCUCGUUUAUCCCCACGUCCAACGGCGGCGGCGGCGGCGGGGGGAACGCAGGCGCCAGCGGGCUGCUCAUGUCGGCGAUGGCGGCGUCGCCGCGCUCCCAGCCGUCCCGGCUCACGCCCCGCUCCCAGAUGAUGAAACGCAGCCCGCCUGCCGUCCCCUCGCCGCCCCGGCCCGUACAGAUGGAGAGGCACCUGGUGCGUCCGCCCCCAGCCUGCCCCGAGCCCAGCUGCCUGCCCCUGGACUCAGGCGCCUCGCACAUCAUGAUGCGGGACGUCUGGAUGCAUGUCUUCCAGUACCUCAGCCAGCGGGAGCUGUGCGUCUGCAUGAGGGUCUGUCGCACUUGGAGCCGCUGGUGUUGUGACAAGCGAUUGUGGACCCAGAUUGACCUGAGCAGACAGCGCUCCAUCACCCCUCCCAUGCUGAGUGGUAUAAUCCGCCGGCAGCCCGUCUCCCUGAACCUGGGCUAUACGAACAUCUCCAAGAAACAGCUCAUGUGGCUCAUCAAUCGCCUGCAAGGCCUCUUAGAGCUGAACGUGUCCGGCUGUCCCUGGUCGUCGGUGUCGGCCCUGUGUCAGGCCGUCUGUCCCUGCCUCAAGCUGCUGGACCUCAGCCGGGUGGAGGAGCUGAAGGACUCCCAUCUCCGGGAGCUGCUGGCGCCCCCGCCCGACACGCGGAUAGCCCACGGUGAAACCAGAGGCGGGCGGUUCCAGAACGUGACCGAGCUGCGAUUGGCCGGUCUCGACCUGACGGACGCUUCGUCGCGCCUGUUGGUGCGCUACGUGCCUCAAUUGGCAAAGUUGGACUUGAGCCAAUGUGGCAACAUCACAGACCAGACAGUUCACACCCUGACCUCCUCCAUCUCCCCGCUGAGGGACACCCUGACGCACAUCAACUUAGCAGGCUGCGUGAAAGUGACGGAACAGUGCGUGCCGUUGCUGCGGCGCUGCGCCUCCCUACAGACGGUGGACCUGCGCUUCUGCUCGCUCCUCUCCUCGGACAGCGGCCAGCUGCUCUCUUUCCCCCACAACCCUUCAUCAUCGUCCUCCUCCGUCCCCAACACCACCUGCUCCUCCUCCUCCUCUUCCUCGUCCUCGGUCACGGCGGUAGCGCCUCCCACCUCCUGCCCCUCGGAAGACCGGACACUGCUGAAGAACAGCUAAGGCGCCUUUUGAUGAUGUCAUCAGACUCUCCUAUAUAUCUUUCUCACGCACGCGCGCACACACACACACACACACACACAGACAACAGACGUACACAUGCACACGCACUCACGCGCGUCAAUGCAAGGCCUCAAAAAUAGGACGACUCUCCUUAAUGUCCGCCCGCGCUUCUUCAUCCUGUUGUUAACCUGGUACACCCAUGACUUCCUGCCCCCCUUCUGUUACACUAUGACCAUUCCGCCAGGAUUGGUCAUAGUCAAUCAACAAGACACACCCAGAAGAUAUCAGUCAGCAAGCCAGGAUCCUGCGGGGUUGGGGGGGGGGGCUGGAUAUGGGCAGUAGUGUUGGAGAUGCUACCCUCAAAGAUAUAAACAACAUGUUCCCAACAUCUGGAUUAAGGCAAAUCAUUUGUGAUCACAGUAUAUCGAUGUCAACCACAGAAGAAAAGGAUUUUGGGGGGAGGGGGAGGAGAAAAGGUAAAAGAAGAAACCUGGAGCAUGUACAUAUUUGUUCUCUGUACAAUUUGGGUGUGUGUAUAUAUCUGUAGUUUACUGUAAAUGACCCUUAACUUUACCCUCCCUCCUCUUCCCCUUUUCCCAUCUCUUUCCCUUGCAACCAAUCAUGCCAUUCACUUGCUCUUUAAUAGCUGCGAAACUUGGGGAACAGAGCUGGGGGGGCGGAGGGGGAGACACAGUAUUUCAUAUAUUUACAAAUAUUUUUUCUGGGAAUCAGAUGUAUUGUCCAGUAGCUUCUAGUGCAAAGACCAUCAGUUCCACUCGCAAUUGCUGGGUCAAGUCCGUGCUGAACCUGUCCUCGAGGCCACUCCUCUGUCAAUAUUUCUUCUCCCAAAUAAUAAUGGCUAUGAAUAGAAAUUCAGCCGGGAAGUCAGACUUUUGUCCAUGUACAAGUGAUGCAACAAUGUAAGGCCCCCACCAUGCCCCAUUCAGUAGGCCCGCUUUUGGAACGGGGUAGGUUGCACAAUAGGUAAUGUUUCAUUGUGUUAGAAAUGGGUUAAAAUCUCGACCGACUAAAACAAAGGUUAGACAUUUUUUAUGAUAUGUGAAAACUCCCAAAUCGAGAACUUAAGUAAAUUUGCCAAAAUGUAAACAUUGGGACACCCUUGAGACAUCUAAACUGACAAAUUGGGAGAAAAUUAGUGUUAUGAUAUUACUUACAAUUGUUUUGAUUAACGUGGGGCAUUAAUUUUUCAAAAUGAACAGUUUAGGGACCAUCUUCUGUAUAUUGUAACCUAUUCCCUGCCCUAGUCUGUGGAUGAACAGCUGGCCUUCUUCCUUUAGUAUUCUGAUUACACUACUCUGUCUAAAGUUGAUGUAUUGGUACUAGUGCUUCGUGAUAGCAUUGACCUACUUAUAUUAAGGCACUGGUAUAUUGGCAAGGACAGUAUUAUCUGGUGUUGCAAUUCCCAAAACAAAUCUGUGACGUAACACCGUACUGUGGGUCAUGAAAGAAAAUGGUGUCCAUGGUUACGCACUCUGCACAUCGAGUCUUCACUGGGAGCAAGGAAAUCUGACAACCUAUCCGUAGGGAGUCGAUAACUCGUCUCGAGUGUCUUUAGUGUUCGACACAUUUCACCAGGUCACCUUUUUUUUUUUUCCUUCAUGCUAUUGAAUGAGACGAACCUGACUGCAGGGGAAAAUACAUGGAAACCAUUUUUUUUUGCUUUCAGUUCCAGCAGCGCCCACCAGCCCUCAUUAUUCAGCACUAUUGGUGGGGCAGUUGCGUUGCUCUUUGAAAUGACUGGCUAGCCGGCAGACACACUCCCUCCAUUGAGCUAGCUGGGUAGCUACGCUGACGGAGAUUAUAAUGAAUGUACCUAUCAGAUGUUGGCUGUGCCAACCAAACCACUCCCCCCCGCGCCCCCAAGCUCACCGACAAGCCGCAUCUGGGAUGUUGUUGUUCUGUUUUUGUUUUCUUUUUGUUUUUGUUUUUGUUUUUUCUGGGAUGAGGUCUGGGUGUUGAAGCAAAUGCAAAAACUGUUUGGUGUGACGAGAUCUGAGUGGUGGGGUAAUGAAUAGAAGAUGGGAGAGAAACAACCUGGGGCUGGAAUCUACUUUCAGGGCUAGACUUGCUGCAAUAUAAUUAAGGCAACACAGCCUUGGGAACGAGCUCAGUGUUAACUUUACAAAAUAAAGACAAUUUCAACGGACAAUAAACAACCUAGGAUCAAGCACUCCGUCUUUUAACACUGCCUUUUACCUCUGUUUAGGUGUUGCCAAUCUUGGUUAUUUUCAUCACUCCCUCCCAUUCUCCACCUUGCCCGCAUCUCUUGUCGAAUAGAGAGUGGUGUUACUGCAAACUGGUCCAUGCAGCAUGUCAAUCAACCGUGCACCCGAUGAUGUCUAUGUUAACGCCUUGUGGUGUGUUUUUGAUUCAACAAGAUGCUGUGUUUGGUUUUGAUUAGAAGUCCAGGGUGCCGCUCAAUGGUAACUUUCCUUUUGUUCCAAUCUUUGUUUUUCUUUCUUUCACAUUUCCCUUCCAUCCCGUUUCAUGUCUGAUUAAUGCAGUUCACAGAUGUCCACCGGUUAUGACACUUGUAUAGAUGUACAAUUGGAAGCCAGAAAGAGAGGGAAUCCCAUCCACUCCUUAAACAAGACAGUAUUGUGUAUCUCACUGGCGCAAAUGAUAGCAUUUUAUUGAAGUGUUAUAAUCCGCUGGAUUCCUUAUUGCUACAAGCAUAGCCAUAUCCGGCAAAUACAUAACCAUUUACAUAGCCAUAUAAUUGUCAUACAAUGCCAGAAGUUUGUGUUUAAGGAAUUGACUCCUGAUGUGGGCUGUAUGCCAAAAACAGUAUUGUAGUGUUAGAAAUUCCUUCCCGUUCCUACAUGUUCAGGAAGGUAGUAUGAACUGAUGUAAACGUCAUCAUUCCGUAUUUCAAAGAGACAAAUCAUUUGAUCAACUUGGAACUAAAAUGGCGUGCUUGUGUCUAUAACAUGAAGCCUUGCCUUUUAUUAUCUAUCCUGUGUCCAGUUUCAAAUGGAGGUAGAGAGAGUGUCCAACUACAGAUGGAUGACACACAUCAACCGUGUGUGUGUGUGUGUGUGUGUGGUCGUCUUCAACUUUCACCUCAAACAAGUCUCUUGCAUUUUCCAUCUCUUCUGGUCUGAGUGACUCAUCCAUCCACACAUCUUUUACUAUUUGUCUGAGAUUCCUCUCCCCCAAAACAGAUAUAUGAUCAGUGGAACACUAGCAUUCAAUACUAAAGGCAUACUUCCCUUAAUCACCAUACCGAUGUGGGUUUGAAUAGAAAUGUGCAAACAUCACAUUUAUGGUCACAGGUUCAGGAUUUUAUUUUAUGUGUUAUUUAUCGCCUUUUCAUUACGUUUUGAUACAUUUUUUUAUUUUUACCUUUUCUUUUUAUUGUGAACGGGUUAUGCGAGUCUAUCAAUUAUUUUUUCCCACCAAAAAACAGACAAAUGCCUAAUUUAUAAAGUUUAACUUUCUGUACAUUUACCCAAUACCAUACUUAUGCAUAACACUAAAAUAUGUAGACAAGGUUAUUUCUAUAUAAAUAAGGAUACGUCUAUCAGUUCCAUAUACACAGUUAAACUUAAAAUCUGGUUUUGUGUGCACGCAAUAUCAAUUGUGCUUUAGAGACUUUUAUAAAUUAGGUAUUCGGUUGUCGCAUGGUUGAAAGAAAAAACUGACUAUCUGAACAGAGCUAUCGAUAAGGGUUUAAUUACUGUCAAAACACGAGGCUCUCGUGUGUGUGUGUGUGUGUGUGUGUGUGUGUGUGUGUGUGUGUGUGUGUGUGUGUGUGUGUGUGUGUGUGUGUGUGUGUGUGUGUGUGUGUGUGUGUGUGUGUGUGUGUGUGUGUGUGUGCGUGCGCGCGUGCGUGCGUGCGUGCGUGCGUGCGUGCGCGCGCACAGGGUGUCAGUGGGCAGGAAUGGCCAUAGAAAAAAAGUUCAAAGUGUAUACUUAAAAUGUACGUGACAAAUCAUACCUAGCCAAAUGAUGCAGGGAACUAUUUUAUUUUGAUGAUUAAAUCAUAAAAAGGAAUUACGGCAACAUUUGUUUGUCAAGGUAGAGCUUAGUAGAAAAGCCUGUAUCUUGGCUAGUGGGUUCCACAGCUGCUUUGCAAGAAGCUAGACCUAUUGUUGCAGGCCAAUAGAUGGAGAAGAAAAAGUCAUUGUGGUUCAAUUGCAAUGCGGCUUUGCUGCUUGUCCUAUUGGCGCAGCCAUUUUUUAUGUACUGUGAUGCCAGGAUGCUGGUGGGUUCCCAGCAGACAGGCCGGUCGGGCCCAUUGUCAAUAGUGCAGGAAAAUGCCUCAUCGUGCCAUAGAUGCACCUGAUCAACGUUGCGAUGUCUGAAAUUGUUCAAAGUGUGAAUGGGUCAAUUUAUUUUUGUAUUGUUUAUAUUUUCUCUUUUCUUUUUUUCUUUUUCUGUGGCUUAUUAGAGGGUCAAGUAACCUGAACUUGGCCUGGUUUUGUAAGGGAUGCAAAUACGCCGUGCAUGUCAGCUGCUGGCCACGUUCCAUUAAAUCAAAUGGAAGAAUGUCGGAGGAAAUCAGCUCUGAUUGGUAGCUAAUCCUAGGAUCUCAAACCGCUCUUAUCCAAUUUGAAAGUAAUAUGUAUCAAAGUGUCAUUGCCCAUUUCCCAUGACAAUAUCUAGGUAAAGUUCCCCAUGACAUGAAAACCAUACCUUUUGCUUAUCCUCAUUUCUUUUCAAAUGCACUGGAUCCUUCCACCAACAUCCAAUAUUGCCAAAUUGCUGUUUGUGUUGUGAAUGUGGGCAUUUUUUCCCAUUUCAUUCAGUUACAUUUUUUGUUUUACUUUUUUGAAAUCUUUAUCCCUGGGCUCUUCCAUUGUGUUUAUGGGGAAAAUGAGGAAUGUUGGAAAAAGAGACAGAAAAAGACCAACUUAAGGCAGCUACUUAUGAGUGACUACUGUAAAAUGACUAACUAAAUAAAGACAAUGGGGUUGUUUUUUAUAAAUGUUGGACUGUUCAUUUCUUAUGUGUUGCCUAAA